AUGGUCCAAGAGGACGGGAGGGUUAUGACAAGGACCUGCGAGGAUGGAAGAUACAGGCCGAAAAGCUCGGCAACUGCAAACCUGGAGCCAGGAAACUGGCAUUUAUUGGCAGGACCGGAGCUGGCAAAAGCACUGCUAUCAAUGCGAUAUUGGGCGCGCCAGUUUUAUCAACGCGAGCUGACGGGUCAGCCUAUUCAUUACUACUUACCCUUAUCAAUUCUGACGCUUUCUGCACCCUGCGUGGGUAGAGCAUGCACAUCUGUCCAAACAGAAAUUAUCUACGAAGAUUUGCCUCCCUCAACAUGGAGAGCAAGCAUAAAAUUCAUCGAGAAAGAUGAGUGGAAAAAAACUCUGCACAAUCUUGUGGAUGAUAUCUCCGCUGUCUGUGAAGGUGAUCCUUUGAACAUUGCGCGUGGCAACCGUGAUGAUUUCAGGCCUGCGUUGGAUGCGUGGGACAUUUUGCAAGAGGAAUGUCUUGGUUUAUCCCCACCGGAGCCAUCCGUCUGGCAUUUGGUGGACAGUGUUCGCAUCUACGGGGCGUUUGACGUGCUUGCAUCCGGCGCAGUCACGCUCGUGGAUGUCCCUGGUUUUGGAGAUGCCAAUAAAACGAGAACCAAGCGAACUAAGGAAUACCUCAAAAACGUUGAAGUCGUUAUACUAGUUGCAGAUAUAAAGCGGGCAGCCGAUGACCAGGCCAUGCAUGACUACUUUGAGAAAUUCUUGCACCAAAUGAUCGCAAUAGACGGACGCAUAGAAUCGCUGUUGGUCGUGCUCACCGGUGCGGACGUACGAAUUAACGAGGACCAGCUGCAUCAUCUUGGUUUAAAGCAACGCCAGACAAUUCAGAAAAUGCGCCAGGAGAUUGUCCAUCUCAGCGAGAGCCUGCACGAGCGAGGCAAACUAUAUCACGUUCUCUGUGCUGAGUUCUUCGUGGCUCCGAUAGACCAUCCCAAGUUUAUGGAACUAAAGAGCCGUGUAAAGUCCACCGAAGAAAUGAGAGACAAAACAGCCAGUCAACUACAACUGGCCAGGGCUGCCAAAGACACAUACAUCGCACACCAAAGAUCUGCCCGGGCACGAGAUGUCUUUCUGCGGCUCUAUCGUCAAGUGUACUGCAGCAUAAAGCAGGACUCUGCCAGUGAACCCCCUCCGCUGCCUAUUUUCUGCAUCGGAAGCAUGGACUACACCCAACUUUUGGUGACGAAUAAAGAAGACCGAGCUCCGGUAGUUUUUACUGAUCUCGAAGAUACUGGGAUACCACAAUUGUGUCGUUAUAUUCACGACUUUGGUUCGAGGACAGUGAUUUCAGAUAUCACUACCCACGCACAUAAGUCCACUUUACUAUGGGAAGAAAUCGAGAGCUACUUUCUUUCUUCACGGCGAGAUUCGAGGCUUACAGCAUACGAGGAUGCAGCAAGAGGCCUGGUGGAAGCUCUCAAAGAUGCUGUUGACGAGACUCUCAAAACAUCAGGAGCCAAGCUCGACAACAACAUGAACGAAUUGGAGCAAGCUCUUCGAAUUGAAGCCGAAAAGGCAGCUGAGCGCAGUCUCAAGAUCAUCAAGACACUCGGAGAGAAUCAUCAAUGGCGCAGCUACCGUUCUCUCAUGCGCCGACAGGGUGAAUGGCGAUCAGUAGAUCUCAACGAAGACCUCGCCCAUGGAAUUUUAGAGGGUAGCGCAUCAAGUGCAUGGCAUAGGUUAUUCAACGAUUUUCUGAAAACGGAGCUACGUUCACUCAUCGUGGUCAUCUCCAAUCAUUUUAACGAAACUAUCCAAUCUAUCAAGAACCGAGCCCAACGAACAACAGCAAUUGCACCACACAUCGACAAUGCAUGUAAUUUUAUACAUCCAUCGGACACAAUCGAUCCAGCACGAGAACAGGAAUUUUCCGGGUCCUUGAAGGGACUUCUCCGUGCCGCACUGGAGGACCAUUACCAUGUCGUUGGAAGGGAAUCUGGCGCUGGAACAUUCCAACGAAUGAAGCGUUUGAAUGAGGAGCGGUUCAGUCCAAGAAAAGCCCAAGAGUUAUAUGCUAGAGUCAUCGAUCAAGUCAUGACAGCCGUCCGCAUGGCAAGGAAUAGGGGGGAAGCAGCACUUGAUGAAGCACUUGCUCGGUUGUAUGCCACCAUUGAUCGUUCUCUCGUCUGCGUGCAGGGAGACGAUCAAAUAUGCAAGGUUACCCGGAGGAAUAUGCAGAAAUUCCUUGACGAAGAAUACAGUGCACCACUGGCAGUGGUGAUGGCCAUCAUGGGUAGGUAUAAAGAGCGCGACACACAACCAAUAGAAGCGGCGAUGGCGAUCAUGGAUAACACACACCAGUGA